GGCAAGUGGCCUCUGAGGCCAGAGAAGCCAGACAGGCGCCAUGUUUGAUAUGGUCAAAGAAUGGCGCCCUUAAAAGAAUCCAGAGACAACUGGAGCCAGGAUGUCGCCAUAUUUUCUGAAGACACCUUCCGGGUCUCUUAACCCGGCUGUCUAAGUCCAAGCUGCCAUGAAGUGAAUAAACACCGAGGGGUUUUGUUUGUCCCCACCACACCCCCCGAAUCCCUAGCAGCCAGUCCCUGCUACCUCGCGGCCCUCGACUGCGCUCGGACGCCGAGGCUGGGCGGGGCCCCGGCCGCCGCAGCCCUUCCUGUGGACGACGAAAGCUGAGGCCGCGCGCGGGGAGGCGGUGGCCCCGGGGACUAGGCGGCCGCUGCUCGGGGCCGGGAGGCCCCAAUGGCGCCGCCCCCAGGCCCGCUCCUGGCGCUGAGACCCGGGGAGACCGGGCCUGGUUGCAAGAAGCCCGGGGCCGUGAGCUUCGCGGACGUGGCCGUGUACUUCUCCCCGGAGGAGUGGGGGUGUCUGCGGCCCGCGCAGAGGGCCCUGUACCGGGACGUGAUGCGGGAGACCUACGGCCACCUGGGCGCGCUCGGAUUCCCAGGCCCCAAACCAGCCCUCAUCUCUUGGAUGGAACAGGAGAGUGAGGCUUGGAGCCCCGCCGCCCAGGAUCCUGAGGAGGGGGAAAGCCUGGGAGGAGCUCUGAGAGGAGGCACCCCAAACAAGAAUGAAGAGGCAUCAGAGGAAGGGCCAGGAGCCAAGGGACCCCGAAAGACUCCUGGGAAGGAGCCUUCUAAAGAGCUGGUUAACCACAACCCGGAUUGGACCCUAAGAAAGGUUUCGGCAAGAGCACAGCAACCCACCAACGCUGCCUGGGAGCAGAGCACCGGUGUGCAGCCCGCGGUCCCGGUGCCCAGCGUGGACGCUCAGGACAGCCAGCGGCGUCACGUGUGCGCCGACUGUGGCCGCCGCUUCACCUACCCGUCGCUGCUGGUCAGCCACCGGCGCAUGCACUCAGGGGAGCGGCCCUUCCCCUGCCCCGAGUGUGGCAUGCGCUUCAAGAGGAAGUUCGCUGUGGAAGCACACCAGUGGAUCCACCGCUCGUGCUCCGGGGGGCGGCGGGGCCGGAGGCCUGGGAUUCGGGCUGUGCCGCGGGCUCCGGUGCGGGGGGACCGGGACCCGCCUGUGCUGUUCCGACACUACCCGGACAUCUUUGAGGAGUGCGGCUGCUCUUGUUUGCUGACGUUUGGAUUGGGGAGUAAGAUACUCAGGAGAGGCUUCUGCUGUAGAAACUGCAUGGCUCAGGACCCCCGGUCCGCCGCCGGCUCUCACGCACGGGAGCCUCUUACCCUAGCCAAACCGGCGCACAGACGCCGAAGCUGCUGCGGCCAUCUUAACUACGGGCAAGAGUCUCCCAAGUCGGCCGGCGGAAGAGCGAGAGAAGACGGCUCGAGGGCCGAAUACACCAGGUUAUCAACACCAGACCCAGCGGCCCCACCGAGGCUACUUCCGGCCGCCUGGGACCGGAAGAACCCAGCUCCCCGGAGGCCGAAUCCCGGGCGUCCCUCCCAGCUCUUGGUGGUUGGCCAGCGGGGUGGGCCCUCGAGGGGCCGGCUGCUGCGCUCCCGGCCUCCCGGCCCGCGCCCCGGAGGCUUCUGGCGCGGGGGGGGCUCCGCGGACCCCGGCCCGGGACUUGCCAUGGCGCCGCCUCCGGCCCCGCUCCCCGCGUGGGAACCGGACGCGGCCGGGCGCGAGCGAAGGAGGCCCGGCGCCGUGAGCUUCGCGGACGUGGCCGUGUACUUCUCCCCGGAGGAGUGGGGGUGUCUGCGGCCCGCGCAGAGGGCCCUGUACCGGGACGUGAUGCGGGAGACCUACGGCCACCUGGGCGCGCUCGGGUUCCGAGGCACCAAGCCAGCCCUCAUCUGCUGGGUGGAAGAAGAGGCCGACCUGUGGGGCCCGGAUGCCCGGGAUCCGGAGGUGGGAGAGUGUCUGACAGAAGCAGACACAGUAGAUUCCAGGAACAAGGAAGAGAAAGGACAAAGAGAAGAGACUGAGGCACUGGAGAAGAUCCUUUCUGCAGAAGCUCGGCCUACUCUGAAGCACCCUUCUGCUGGGCUCCCUUAUGGCUUGGAGCAGCCGAAGGCACCUCGCCGGGGCCGCCCCCCACUCUGCGCCCACCCCCCUGUCCCAAGGGCAGACCAGCGUCAUGGUUGCUACGUGUGUGGGAAGAGUUUUGCCUGGCGCUCCACCCUGGUGGAGCACCUGUACACCCACACGGGGGAGAAGCCCUUCUGCUGCCCUGACUGCGGCAAGGGCUUUAGCCAGGCCUCCUCUCUGAGCAAGCACCGGGCCAUCCACCGUGGGGAGCGGCCCCACCGCUGCCUGGACUGUGGCCGGGCCUUCACCCAGCGCUCUGCCCUCACCACUCACCUUCGGGUCCACACGGGCGAGAAGCCCUACCGCUGUGCCGACUGUGGCCGCCGCUUUAGCCAGAGCUCUGCCCUCUACCAGCACCAGCGGGUCCACAGUGGCGAGACUCCCUUCCCCUGCCCGGACUGUGGCCGCGCCUUUGCCCAUGCGUCAGACCUUCGGCGCCACGUGCGCACGCACACGGGCGAGAAGCCCUACCCGUGCCCAGACUGUGGGCGCUGCUUCCGACAGAGCUCCGAAAUGGCAGCCCAUCGGCGUACCCACAGCGGUGAACGCCCCUACCCAUGUCCCCAGUGUGGCAGGUGCUUUGGCCAGAAGUCAGCCAUGGCCAAGCACCAGUGGGUCCAUAGGCCUGGUGCUGGGGGCCACAGGGGCCGGAGUGCCAGCGGGUUGCCUGUGCCCUUGGCCCCUGGCCAAGGUGACCUGGACCCACCUGUGGGCUUCCAGCACUACCCAGAAAUAUUCCAGGAGUGUGGGUGAUGGUGAUGGCCUCAAAGAUGGCCAGGCAAUGAAGACGUAGACAUUGCCUGAUGCCCAGGCUGGGCUCAGGGGCCUGAGCCUCUGUGGCAGCUCCAGGGAGGUCACAGAAUUCUGGGCAAGAGGUAGACAUGGAAGAUGAGGACCCUCUUAUCUUAGGCCUUCCCAAGCUUGAUCUGCUGACACCUUGCCCCCUACUGUCCCAGACUCUAGAGCCCCCUUUGCUGAAUUAGGGCUGAGGUAAGCACUUCCACAAGACAUCCACAGCAAAGGAAGAAAAGGCCGUUUCUCAGCUUAGACAUGUUAAGAGGUAGAAGAGAACUUUGCCUUAUCCAUUGUCUUUUUAAAUUUUUUUUUUUUAAUGUUUUAUUUAUUUCUAGGAGAGAGAGACAGCAUGAGCA